UGUUAGUUUGAACAAAAUGGCUGCGAGACCACUGUCAACGAGAGCUCACUGAACGCCUACCAUGACUAUCCGCUCCGCUGUCUGGAUCCAAACAGAAUGUAUUUCCACGGAGUCGUUUCUCACUUUGCAUUUGCGGUAGCCAGCCCGUCGCUAGUCGUCCAGUUGGCGACCUAAACAAACACAUUUUUUUGCACUUUAGAACAAGUUGGCUGGCUGACGUCGGCUUGCUCCCUAUACGCGAGAACUCAUCGGCGAUUUUUAACGAAAACUGCCUGCUGAUUUCUCUGGUUUUGCAAAACCUCGUAACCAUCGACGAUUAACAGCGUCAACCAGCUCACGUUAGCUUGCAUCCUUCAGCUGCUUUUAAAAGUCAUUUGUAUUCGUGUUUUUUCUUUUGUUUUUGUUGUUAGUGGUGCUUCGUUUCCCUUCCCCGCCCCUCAAUAUUGUGUGACGUUUUUAACAAACUGUUUCAUCGGCGAGGGUAAUUUCACGGCAUAUUUUUUGCUGAAAACAAACAUUACCGUACUUGAUUUGCGUAUAUCUGGCUGAGUAGCCGUUGUUUACCUCGGUAUCUUCAGCAGCAGUCGGCUCUCUGCCAAGUCCGACUUUAACUGCGACUGAAUCUCUCCUCCAUCUCUUUACGGGUAACUUCAGAGAAGACAUCGGAUAAUGCUUUUCUGCAUAUUUUAUUCUGCCAUGCACCUUCUCUUCACUGACAUCUGCCAAAUCUGUGGUUAACUAAAGCUGAGAGAAGCUCGCGACAGAAGGAAGAGAACCAUUUGAUGGAAGAAAAGAAAAAGAAAAAACAAGAAGAAAAGAACAAGACGGACGUCGCUCAGAAAAAGGCUUCUGAUCAGAAACCCAAAGUGCCAGACCCUGCUCCCACUAAGCCCAGUCCCGGCCCCCCCCGCCACUUCCACCCUGCCAGCCCUACGCUGCCCCUCUCCUCCUCUUCUUCUUCUUCUUCUUCUUCUGGCAAUGGCAAGCGCGCCUCCUCCAGUAGCCAGCUCCAGACUCAGACCCCCCCUCAGCAGCAGUGCCAGUUGUCCUCUGCCAGUGCUCGCUACCCGCCCAGAGAGGUGCCACCCCGCUUCCGCCAGCAGGAGCACAAGCAGCUACUGAAGAGAGGCCAGCCACUGCCUGCAGGAGCCCUCAGCGCUCUCACCCUCUCCUCUUCCUCCUCCUCUUCGCCCUCAUCAUCUUAUUCUUCUUCUUCUACGACUACCGGCAGCACUUCCCCAAACUCUGCCACGUCCGCUGCGAGCAAACGCCACCCAGACAUAUCCCUCCAGAGUGGCUGUAUUGCCCAGUAUGAGACCUCUCAUUGGGGAGCCUCUUUGCCAGUUGACAGCUGCUCCAGUGCCAACAGCUGGGACAAAGUGAAUAUUGACAAAAGUGACACGGAAGCUUGGCCCUCCAUCAACCACAGUAGUGACACCAGCCAUACCGCAGCACAAGAAUGCACCUUGGGCUCAGCUAGCUCAAACACAGACAACAGUGCUGUCACAACCACCAGUAGUUGUAGAAAUCUGAGUAUGGCCACAGGUGCGGCAGGCCAGCCGGCCCACUACCCCUCUCUUAAAGCCAACAAUAACAUGAUGACAGGACCUGGGUCAGCCAACACGUGUGGUAGUAGAGGUUGGGGCGCAGAUGGGAAACAAGAUGGUAUGAAUGGUGGUAGAGUAGGAAUGCCCAAUAACUGGGGGGUUCCCAAUUUUAACAUGAACCUCAAUCCCAAUGCCAACCCAUCAGCCUGGCCUGUUCUCGGCCAAGAGGCUGGUGGAGGUUGUGGUAUUGGCCCUAAUGCAGUGUCAAACUCCCCAUCCCUUCCACCAGGUAUUAAUGGCAAUGGAAACAUGGGAGAUGGGAGAAUGGGAGGUGCAGAGAAUGGCGGUGGAGGUUGGGGUGGCCUGAUUAGUGCCAAUGAACAUGAUCAACAGCACCCUUCAACCAACACAAACAUGUCCUACAAAAUGGAACCUUCUAACCUUAACACUGAUGGACCAAACCACACUAAGCAGCAGCAGCAGCAGCAAGCUCAGGAGCCUAUGAGCCCUAUUCAUGGGUUAACUGGCUGGGGAGGCCAGUCCCCCACUGAAUCAUCCCAGCUCAAUGGGGACACAACAGGCAGCUCUGUAUGGGGUAGUGGAGAAACCAAGGCAGCUGACUCCCCCAAGGAAUCCGGCUGGGACUCGACUCCGUCUGGAGGGCAUUCUGCAUGGGGCCGCCAAGGCAGUGGUGGUGGCAGUAGUGGAAGUGGUGGCUGGGGUGACUGGGGGAAAUCUUCUGGUGGAAGCAAAGAAGCAACUAAAGGCUGGGACUCAGUAGACGCUGGUAGUUCUGGUUCAGUCAAAGAACCGCCACUUAGCUCAUGGGGCCAGCAGCCUAGACCAGCCCCAGAAAGUGAGGGUAGUAGGGACAGCACCGAAAGUCAAACUGACCACAGAGACAGGACCUCCAGCACGGAUUGUACCCCUCUUCUACCCCGGCAGGAUCUGGACCCUAGGGUGCUGAGUAACACGGGUUGGGGACAGACCCCCAUUCGACAGCACACUGUAUGGGAGAUGGAAGAAGCUAACUCUGAUGAUGAGAAGAGAAAAGGCUGCUCAGAUGCCAUGGCAGUCUCCAAAUCCACUGGUGGACCCUCAUCCAACACUGGAGGUACCAUCAAUCCAAAAAUUAGCCCCAGUCAGAGGUCUGGGUCUGGAGAAAAGAAUGACAGUGAAGGGUUAUCAUCCUCUGGCUGGAGAGCCAAUCCGCCUCAGCCUACCCAGACUGGAUCAGGAUGGGGGGACCAACCGCAGUCACACAGCAAGGCGCCAAAUGGCACUAGUGGUCCCAGUGGCUGGGGCGAACCUUUGCCUACCAAUGUUCCUAGAAACGGAGGCAAAUCAUCCUGGGGUUCUGAGGACAAGUCACCCAGUUGGGACAAUGGCAUGACAAAAAGUCAGCCUAACACUAACCCAGGCUGGGAAGAGGGUCCUAAAAGCUCUCAUGGAUGGGGCAAUAGUAAUGGGGGCCCCACUAACUCCAGUACAGGGGAUUGGGGACAGACAGAGGUCAAGAAGAAUGGAUCCUCCAGCAGCAUGUGGGAAGGAGAAGGAGGGAAUGGAGGAGGUGGAGGUGAUGGUGGAUGGAAGGAAAGCCCCAGGGGAGGAAAUAGAGGAGGAAACUGGAGUAAACCUGCUCCUACUGUGAGUAAUAACAGCUGGGGGGAGACCCCACAUGCCAAUGGCCCAGCGCAGGGAGGCUGGGGCUCUUCCAAGCCCCAGGAAAAUAACAGCAGUAGCAGCAGCAGUAGCACUGGCAGUGGAGGAGGUGGCAGUAUGGGUUCAUGGGGUGGUCCUGGUACUGUGAAGCAGAACCCAUCAAGCUGGGGCAAUAGCAGCAAACAGGAGCAGGGCAUGGAUCGCAGUGGCUGGGAAGAGCCCUCCCCUCCCUCCAUGCGCAGGAAGAUGGAAAUAGAUGAUGGAACGUCCACCUGGGGCAGUCCUGCGCCCAACAGCGGCAAUCCUGCGCCCAACAGCGGCAAUCCUGCGCCCAACAGCGGCAAUCCUGCGCCCAACAGCGGCAAUCCUGCGCCCAACAGCGGCAAUCCUGCCCCCAACAGCAAGGCUGUCAACAUGUGGGAUCGAAACAAACCCAAUAAUAAUCCAGGCAACAGCGGCCCACCUCCCAGUAAGAAUGGUGGAGUGAUUAUCCCCAACAAUAACAACAACAAUCACUCAGUUGGCCCCGGCAACAACAAUCACCAUCACACUCACCACAUGCACCACCAUCCCAAUCAUAGCCAGCCCAAUCAUAUCCAGCCCCCAACUCACCUGCAACAUCAUGGAAACAACAAUGGGUCAUCCACCAAUGGCACUCAACAUCCAGGCGUGGGCCCCCAGGGUAGACCCCCCCUCGCCAACCCAGGUUGGGGAGAGGUUCCCAGUGUUCAGCCCAAGUCAGAACCUGCUUGGGGAGAGCCAGCAGCUCCAACAUCAUCUGUGGACAAUGGCACCUCCGCCUGGGGCAAGUCCACAGGGGGAGCAGGAGGAUGGGGAGAUGGUGGCCACGAGCCCUCUGGACCCUACGGCAGGGCAAAUGGACCCACAGGUUCUGCACCCUGCAAGCCAGGCCCAAAACCUAUGCAAGAGAGCUGGGGAAAUGGAGGAGAGGAGAUGGGCAUGUCGUCCGGGCAAUGGGACACUGAGGAGGGGGACAUGUGGAACAGCCCCACCUCCCAGGAGAGCAGCUCUUCUUGCAACUCCUGGGGCAAUGGACCCAAGAAAGGCCCAAGCAAGGCGAAGAUAGGCAAGCCAGAUGAGGCUUGGAUCAUGAACCGUCUCAUUAAACAGCUCACUGACAUGGGCUUUCCGAGAGACCCUGCUGAGGAGGCUUUGAAGAGCAACAACAUGAACCUUGACCAGGCCAUGAGCGCCCUGUUGGAGAAGAAGACAGACCUGGACAAGCGGGGCAUGGGAAUGUCUGAUUACAGCAACGGCAUGAACAAGCCCAUGGUGUGUCGGCCCUCAGCACUCUCCAAAGACCCCUCCGACCGCAACUCCUAUCUUGACAAGGAUGGUAUUCUGUCAGAUGAAGCCCCCCAAUCACCGUUUCUGCCUUCCCCCAGCAUGAAGCUCCCCCUGGCCAACAGUAGCCUUCCUGGGCAGGGUCUGGGACAGGGCAACCCAGGGCUGGCCAUGCAAAACUUGAACAACAGACAGAUACCCAGUGGAAUGUUUGGCAGUAGUGGAGCAGCACAAACCCGGGCCAUGCAGCAGCAGCAGCAGCCUCCUCAGCCACCAGUGCCACCUCUCAGCUCCUCCCAGCCUAGUCUACGUGCUCAAGUGCCUCAGUUUCUCUCCCCUCAGGUCCAAGCACAGCUCUUGCAGUUUGCAGCAAAAAACAUUGGUCUGAACCCUGCACUUUUAACCUCACCAAUAAACCCUCAACAAAUGACUCUCUUGUACCAACUUCAGCAACUGCAAAUGGCGUACCAGCGUUUACAAAUCCAGCAGCAGAUGAUGCAGGCGCAACGCAAUGUUUCCGGCCCCAUUAGACAACAAGAGCAGCAAGUUGCACGUACAAUCACCAACAUGCAGCAGCAGAUCCAGCAGCACCAGCGUCAGCUGUACCAAGCGCUGCUGAUGAAGCAGCAGCAAGUUCCUUCUCAUUCCUCCUCCUCUUCCUCCUCCUCCGCUGGUCUGCAUCCCCCCGGUGGCCACGCUGGAGGCCAUGGUUCCGGCAAAUCAACCCAUGACCCCUACACAGGCCAACACCAGUCCCCGGGCCUCUCCGACUCAAUGCACACCAAAGAGGCGCUGUCUUCGCCCAACGCCUACAGCUCCUACCCUCUCUCUGGACUGAAUCCAAACAUGAAUGUAAACUGUAUGGAGGUUGGGGGUCUUUCCCUGAAGGAGCCCCCUCAGCCCCAAUCCCGCCUGUCCCAGUGGACACACUCCAACUCCAUGGACAGCCUCUCUGGCAACUCCUCAAACAUGGAGAACCUCAAUAAGCACGGUACCAUAUCUGCUGCCUCUUCCCUCGGCCCCCCUGGGAAGCCCCCCCAUAUGGAGGACUCGUACAGCCCCUACAAUCUAAUGUCCAGCUCUGAGUCCCCCACCAGCCCCCAAGAUAGCUGGGGCCCUGGCAAGAGCCAGAAUGAAAAGAUCUCCAAUGGGACCAACAUUAACUGGCCCCCAGAGUUCUGCCCCGGUGUGCCAUGGAAGGGUCUUCAGAACAUCGACCCUGAGAAUGACCCCAACAUGACCCCUGGCAGCGUCCCCAGCGGUCCCACCAUCAACACCAACAUCCACGACGUCAAUCGAUACCUACUGCGGGACAGGAAUGGAGCCACUUCCCCAGCUCCGUCACUGGAGAAUGGCUCUCUGCCCCCCCCCAGCAGUGACUGGCCAGUCAGUGGCUACAAUAGCUCUUUCAGUCUGUCUUCCUCUGAUGGAGACAGCUCAGGAAAAAUGUCUGACAUGAAGUCCACCUGGUCCCAAGGGCCCAUCUCUCAGAGCCAGGCCUCUCUGUCCCACGAGCUGUGGAAGGUUCCUCAGGGGCCCCGCAGCAACCCGGCCCCCUCCCGGCCUCCACCGGGUCUCAGCCACAACAAGCCCUCCUCCACCUGGGGAGGCAACUCCCUGGGCCUGGCCCAAGGCUGGAGCAACUCCUACACCUCUGAGACAACCACCUGGAGUACGGACAGCUCCAACAGGACCAGCAGCUGGCUGGUGCUGAGGAAUCUCACCCCACAGAUUGAUGGCUCAACUCUGCGGACCCUGUGCAUGCAGCACGGCCCCCUGAUCACAUUCCACCUCAACCUGACCCAGGGGAACGCUGUGGUGCGCUACAGCUCCAAGGACGAGGCCGCAAAAGCCCAGAAGUCUCUGCACAUGUGUGUGCUUGGGAACACCACCAUCCUGGCGGAGUUUGCCGGGGAGGAGGAGGUGAACCGCUUCUUUGCACAAGGCCAGUCGCUGGGGGCUAACACCACCAGCUGGCAGGCCAACCCCGGAGCCAAUCAGAACAGGAUGGGCGGAGGCGGACAGUCCCACUCCAUGAGCCAGUGGAGCAGCAGCGGUGGCGGCGGCGGAGGCAAGCCCAGCGGAGGCGACUUGCUGUGGGGCAACGUGCCCCAGUACUCCAGCUUGUGGGGACCCCCGAGCGGAGAGGACCACAGGGCGAUCGGGAGCCCCACUUCCAUCAACACCCUGCUGCCUGGAGACCUGCUGAGUGGGGAGUCCAUGUAGGAGGAUGCUACGAUACACUAAACAACCAACCCACCACCACCACCACCACCAUGUCACGUAAGGCAUUGGUGGUGGGUGGGUGGGUGAUAAAAAAAGAAAAAAAGUCUAUACAAACAGGAGCAAAACCCAAGCAAAUCAUGUGGCGAUAAUCAGUAUCAAUUUGAACUGUUUUGAACUGUGAAUUGUGAAUCAGAAGGCGGGAGUCCCUACCACACAGACUGCUGACUCCAGUCCUUCUGCUUUCGCUUUUGUCCCUUUUUUUUUUGUUUGGUUUUACCUCCUUUGGGGAAAAGAAGCAAACAUUUUUUCCCUUUUGGUAUUUUUGAUCAUGUAAAACUAACUGAAAUGAGACGCAACACAAAGAAACCUUUUAAGUGUUUUUAGUUUUUCCAUAAGUAUACAUGACAUUCUGUGUGAAGUUUUUUAUGAGAAGCAAUCAAAGCUGCCAUCUGAGACUUUCCUUUUCCCUCCAAAAAAAGAAGAAGAAUCAUCCCAAAAUAAGAACUUAAAACAACCAUUCCCAGCAUGUCCAUGGCCAAUGAUGUGGUUCAAAGACCUUUACUAGUUAUGUUAACGUUUGUUUCUCAGCACUAAUAUUAGCCUUAAGUGCUCUCUGGCCUAGGUCCUUCCCAAGCCGCCUUUUUUAGUUUAUUUUCUAACUGAAGAAAUAGCUGAAAUCUUGCACAGUUUCACCUCUGAGCCAGCAGGUGGUACAGGACAUGACUGGUGACCGACUCUGUCACUGGGCAGAGAGAAGGCCUGUCCACGUGACUGGCCCUACCAAUCAUCAGCUUAACUAUUUGAUUUGUAUUCUCAAAGGGAUAGAUACAGCUGUUAAAUGUCCUCUUUAUUUGUAGGCCUAGACCCAAGCGCAUUAUUUUAUAUCUAUUACAACAUAUAAGCUGACAGAAGAUUAUUUGUCGACCUCGCUGCGUGUCUCUGUUUCCGUACAUGCCUAUUAUGUCCGGUGGCACCUAAUCAUUGACGUCUGCAAGCCCAGAUCCUUCUGGUCACCUUCAACCCAGGCGCUUACCGGUGCUGUGUUGAAUUUUCUAUUGUCCGAUUUGUUAUGAAGCCCAGCGGUCUGUAUGGUCAGCCAGUUUUUGGAGGAAAAAAAAAAGGACACAAUUUACCUUCAUGUGACAGUUACAUUGUGCAAUAUACACCAUAGACCUUUCUUCCGUCCAUACUCUACGUCCACCGGAGCUGGUUUCGCUUUUUUCGAUUGUUGCCGAUUGCAGCAAAAAGACUUUGGAACUUCACAAACCUUACCCCCUUUUUUCAAAACUUGGAUUCCCCCCAGGCCGCCAGUCCCCCUGAAACUGUUGGGAAAACUCUGCAAAGAGGAAGCAACAGCUUUUGAACUGUGCAUACAGCAAAACUGUACACAAGAAUGACACUGGGUACACAAUAAUGCACACUUCCUCUCUGCGUGCCACAGCCACACCCAACAGAGACUGAAUCCACAGUGGGAUUGGACGGUUUGGGUAUCUGGCACAAUACCAAAUAAGAGGGGUUUCUCCUAAUGCAGUAGACCUACGAGUGUUCCUUGCGUUUGGUACUGUACAAACAAAUGAAACUAAGACUUUUAUAAAUUCAAAGGGUUUUAUCAUAGCACUUAUGAAGAGCAAAUCGCUUCAACUGCAAUCCAAUAAAUCUAAAAAGGAGCAGCAUAAACAUUGAAAACUAAAAAUACUGCUCUUUUAUGUACUAUAUCUAUUCCUUGGAAAUGUGUCUGGCGUUGUUCCUAUGGUAGCAGGACGAAGGGAAACGGAACUGAAUUGUACCGUUGGACUUUGGGGGAAAAAAUGCAGUCUGAUUUAUUUUUUCCUUCUUUGAACAAUAUCGAAGUGAAUAUCACUGUUACUCCAAAUGUUAAGCCUUGUUCUGCUUGGAGGCACUAGACUUGCAAUGUCAGCUGUCUCUGACGCCCGCUGGCCAGUCAGUCGGUGGGUGAGUCGGAGGGGAGUCGGGUGGGGGGGGGGGGGGAAGUGUCCACUGAGUGCCUCUCUGCUGUGGUCCUCUGGGUGUCAAGUGGCAGCCCCACAGCGCAGCACUUCCUCCCGGGCUCCACUUGACCCUCCCUCAGUCUGGCAAGGAAAGCGGCCCCUCCAAAACCGGCCAAUCACGGCUCUCCGCCCUACACAACAUCUCCAAAGGGGGGGGGGGGGCCGCCGCCACCACCACCCGACCCCGCUGGCGUCUCGCCCUCUCCCCUAUCUCUCAGUCCUUUGACACAAAGAUCACUUUAGCUGGAAGAUGUAAUAGUCAUAUUUCUGGAGUUUUUGCCAGUGUACUUUUUAUGUUUUGGGAAAAAGAUCAUUUUGACUUUAUUUUUUUCAAUGUGUUAUAUUGUUAUUGGUGUCUACAUGCAGUGGUCUACAAUAUACCGGCUGCUGAACUAGCCCUUCACUGUUCAUAUGCAGAAACACUUUGGUCAGAGGUGCCUCUGUAUGUUCAUCCUGUGUAUUGAAUGCAAAACAAGGAUCAAUACUACAGAGCGUUAUUGAUUGUCUAUUUGUUUUGAACUGAUCAUGCUUUUGUUUGACAGUAUUCUGUAGUACUUCCAGGUAGUAUCUUGAGAUAUGUAAAAAUAGGGUGUCUCAGACGGGUGUGGGUAUUUGUUGCUCCAAGCUGCUCCGCCUGCCCGCAGGCUGUCCCCCCUUGCCCUUUGCCUAGCUGCUACGCUAUGACCUCCUCCUCCUUGACCAGACCCAGUAGCCCCCCCCCCCCCUGACCAGGCCCUCCUAUCUGUUUCUAUGCAAAAGACUAGAGGCUGGGGCCCUUUACAGCACGCCAAACCUGACUCGGGAAUGAGCACUCCUCCCAGAGCUUGGCACACCCAACCCUUGCACCCUCUGUGCGCUUCUGUCAGCACUUAAAAAUGGCCGCCGUUUCUUUAAAGUCAGGAUCAGCCACCAGAACACUGUCAUAUAUUAAAGUCCGAACACUUACUCGAAGUCGGUCUUUCUCUCUGCGCUGAAGACACUUCUGUCCAGCUUGAUCUCAGGGUAGGGGAGUAGAUGAUACCAAGUAUGAGAUGCAGCUCUCCGUAUAUAUAUGUCCUUUCUACUGUGAGAGCAAAGUCUAAAAUUAAAAGGCCAUCUGUGCAACAGUUUUUACGGACCUCAUGCCUCGAACGUAAUCCUAAUUAGAAGGGAAAAGGCUUGUAUUGAAUCCUUUUCCUUAAAAAGGUGGCCUAUUGUUACUGUUUCUGGGCCAAUUAUUGCGUGUAAAAGUUGCCAACGUAAUGUGCCAAUAUAAAUUUGCUGUGUCAUACUGUAUCUUUAUAGAGAGCACUUCUGUUCCCUGUUGGGAGGAACUUUGAUAACCUUUGCAGAGGGUGAAGCGGGGGACAGGAGGGAUCAAACAAAUGGGCAGCAGCAUCACACCCUUAAAUGACUGAGAUUCUUUUUUUUUGUGUGUUUUUGUUGGGAAUGCCUCAUGCUAAGGAGAAAAUCUUUACUCAGUUGGGGGUUCCAGUUUGCUACAGUGCACAGUUGAUGAUGGGUAAUCCCGGGUACAUAUUUUUUUAAAACCAAAAAUGAAAUUGCAUUUUAACGUCAUUUUUAUGAAGUUUGACAUAAAAAUCUUAAAAAUGCUAAAAAAUCUAAGUGAAAAAAAAGAUCUAUAAUAUGUUAAAUCUCUGCACUUCUAGCUGAAACGUCUCCGCUCAUCAGCCUCUACGUCCACCAUCUAACGGAGUAGAGUGGUGGCCGGGGUGCCUUUUUGUGGAUGCUGUAUUUAUCUCGUUUUUAUGUUUGUGUCCUGCUCAAAGCAGGCCCACUGAACUGUACAUUUCCACAGACCCAGAUGGCUUGGGCCCACUGUAUCAGCCUCGCUCUCCUCGCUCUGCAUCAGCAGGAGGGGAGGGGCACAUUUCAAGAGGUACAAAGUCUUAAAAAACAUUCUAAAAAAAAAAGUUUAAAAAACAAAAAAAAUUAACAAGAAAACGGGAAAAGGCUACCUUUCAGGACUUGCAGUCCUGCAGCACACAAGCAAAAAUCACUAUUGCCUGUUUCUGUAACUGCCUUGAUCCAAGCUCAGACAGACCCGAUAGCCGAGGACCUCCCAGCAUCCUGUACUAACUGGAGAACCCUGACAGUGAGGGGGGUUUCCCAUGCUGCACCAGCAUCGAGAGGUUCUCCUCUCUAUAGCUCUGUUCUAGAUGACAGUAUAUAUGUAUACACUACAGUAAGUAUACAUAUAUAUCUGUGAGUUCAGUGUGUGGUAUCACCUCUUCAGACUUCUUGGAUCGUAACCUCUGAAACGUUUCAUUUUCGUUUGAAAGGUCUUGGUUAAAUCCAACUGAAAAAUGAGCAAUAUGUAUUUUCCCCGCAAAUAAGCGAAACGAAGGAAAGAAUUCGGGUCGGGUGUAAACUGAUACUUGAUUGAUUGAAAGCUACGCCUUUCUCACAGAGUUGGAUAUGCACGUUCUGGCUUUGAUGACAUAUUACAGUACUUUUGAAGUGCUUGUACUGUAAAUAUGUGUUUUUGUUUGUCAAUUAGCCUGUCUAAAAGCCCAACCCAACCAGUCGCUAAAAAAAAAUCUCAAACAUAUCAAAACACGACAAAAUAUUGAACACAAAUACUUGAAUCAUGGAGCGCCAAUAAUGUAAUGUGAAGUCAGUAAUUCUCUUCUAGUUCUCUCCAUCUGACAGGUACACUUGGGGGACUCUUAGAGAAUAUAAAAAAUGUAUUGCAUUAAGUUACAAAUACAAAAUCUUAGAGGUAAAAAUGCAAAGUCAUCUUAGAUGUGUGCUUGAAAGUCAGAUGUUUGUAUGAAUGUGUGCGCAAGAAACUGUGUACCAGGCAAAUGGCCUGUUGUUGUGUUCCACUCAGUAUGUUAUAUUUUGUGUCUGUUUUUCACUUUUCUUUUUUGUUGUCCUGUCAAAAACUGUUUUGAUAGACAUGUUAUUAUCUUCUAACGUUGCACUGAGUGUCUUCUACCCCUCACUCAGCUAAUCGUAGAUAAACGAGUCUAAGUACGGAGGGGAGAUGGUGACAAUUCAUGUGUACAUGUUUACUCAAGGACUUAAUGGAUUUUGUUUCAUUUUAUCUGUAAAAAAGUGUAUCUACCUUAUAGUGGCUUUUAUUGUGGAGUAAUCCAAUACAAGGAUUAUCAUUGAGUAUUGCACCAUUAUGUUCCAAUUAUAUAAAAAAUGAAAAAAAUCUUAAAAUACAAAGACAAAAAAAACCUACAAAAACAAAAAAGGGGGUAAAAAAACAAAGAACUGUUGCCAUAGAUAGUUGUAGAAGGACUAGUAAUCCCUAUGUUAACUUCAUGGAGAAAUGGGAAGGGAUAAAGUGUGGGAGGUGAGUUUGUUACAAGACUCAUUUCAAAGGUGCCUAUCUUUUUUUUGGGGGGGGGGGGGGUUGUGUUUUUUUUUUGCAAAAGCCACCUGUCGUUUACAAGCAUUUCAUUUGUCUGAAGUUCAAGGAAAUACAAAUUUAUAACAGGAAUGUUGUAAAAAAAGAAAUCAUCUUCCAUCAAAUAUGGACAUGACAUUUUUGCAAAAUGAAGAUUUAUGCUACUUUAAGAACUCUGGGAUUGAUCAGUGUUGUCAUAUUUCAAUUUUUAAGUUCUCUUUCAGCGUCGACAGACUAUCUAUCUGUAUGUAUUCUGUAAGUUGUGAUGUUAUGUUUCCUGUAAGCAACGCAGUUUGCUCACUAUCUUGCACACUCAUAAAAGAUGUGGAUUAUGUCUCAGGAAGGCCAGGGUUCCAGAUACCAACUCCAUCAUUUCUAGGUUUAAUCUUUGUGUGAAAAAAACCCAACUGAAAACAAUUAAACUCCAAGCAGGCACUGAAGGUCAUGAGUUUAACAGAACAUAGAGUACCAUUGUUUUCUUGAAAGCAACAACACAAAUGUUCGUAGCAAGUUAUAUAUUUACCAAAUAAGACUGAGAAUCAACUUUGAAAAAAGUGGAGUGCUUUACAUGUGAAAUCUAAGUAGAAUUGCUUUACAUUUAACCUGAUCAAUGGUUUGAUUGUCAAAAAGACAGUGACAUAAAAAUGCAUUUGUAUGUUUUGACUUAUUGUUAAAGUUUCCAUCCUGUAGUUCAGGAGCAUUGUGCAAGAAGUUUAUUUGUUUGUUUGUAAUCAUCUCUCCUGUCUGUUAACAUGUGACAGGUAUUUCAAUAGUUAAGAGGUUUUCUUAACAUGUAACGGAAGGUUUUCAGAGGCAUGUUAGGAGGUUUUCUUAACAUGUAACGGAAGGUUUUCAGAGGCAUGUUAGGAGGUUUUCUUAACAUGUAACGGAAGGUUUUCAGAGGCAUGUUAGGAGGUUUUCUUAACAUGUAACGGAAGGUUUUCAGAGGCAUGUUAGGAGGUUUUCUUAACAUGUAACGGAAGGUUUUCAGAGGCAUGUUAAGAGGUUUUCUUAACAUGUAACGGAAGGUUUUCAGAGGCAUGUUAGGAGGUUUUCUUAACAUGUAACGGAAGGUUUUCAGAGGCAUGUUAGGAGGUUUUCUUAACAUGUAACGGAAGGUUUUCAGAGGCAUGUUAAGAGGUUUUCUUAACAUGUAACGGAAGGUUUUCAGAGGCAUGUUAAGAGGUUUUCUUAACAUGUAACGGAAGGUUUUCAGAGGCAGAUUUGAAGUGGAGGAGUAAAGCUGGUUUUUAAAGGAUCAUGAUCUAUGCACAAGUGGGAGGGAAGAGUCCAAACCCAGCUGCUGUACUGCGGGCGUUUGUCGACUCAGUCUGGGGUUCAGGGUUUGAUGUAGGGUUGUUCUUGUUUUGUCUCUUGCUCAAAUUUCCUUCACUUCCCCCUUCCUCCUUUUUCAUCAUCGUCAUCUAAUGUUUUAGCAAAAUGUUACAUUGUGUCGCCAUGCUGUGUAAUCCUUAACCAAUGAGCGCUUAUCCUUCGGCUAAAGCACUGUGGGUUGUACUGAAAAAAAAAGCCCAUGACUUUUAAGGCUGUCAGUUUUUUAAAGGGGACGAGGGUGGGGGAUGGAAUGGGGGUACUUUGCCUUUGCCUUUCUCUUUACUUUGAAAAAAAAAACAUUAAGGAAAAAUGUCUGUAACUGAAAUACAAAGUUGUGGCUUUUAAUGUUGUUCUUUUUUCUCCUCAUAGAAUGUGAUUGUUAAGGACAUGCACCGGAAAAAAAUGUUUCUAUGAAUUAUGGAGCUUCUUUCGGACUAUAUUAAUAAAUACAAAUUUUCUUGCUGUUA